UUUGACUUGGUUUUCGUUGUCUGACAAAAAGACUCAGUUGCAUAAGUACUUCAAUCUGAAGCUGAUCGCAGGAAUUAUGGAAAACUCAACUUCUGAUUCCUUUCGGGAGCGCGACUUCGUGUUCGCCCAGGCUACAGGCUAUGUGCCAUGGCCGGGAAUACUCGAAAAGAAACUCCUUUGCACUGGAGUAGUGCAGUUUUUGUUCACAAAUGGGAGAAAUACCGUCCCCUAUGAAAAAAUCUGGCCUUACGACGAUCGCAGCAAGGAGCAGUUUAUCACAAGCCAAAAUAUGAAGCACGAGGCAUUCCGCAAAGCGAUUUGUAUCGCCGAGAAACUUCGUUCUGGCGACGUGGAUGUUAUUUCUGAGGGCGCAGACUGGGAGCUGGUAUCACCUGUAGAGGUGUCACCUGGAAUGUGUCCUGCACUUGAGCAGAGUCGGGCAGAAUGGGAGCUCAACUAUGUGCGAGAGGUGCGAUUGGAGCGCAAUUCCUUGGCCGUCGAGGUAAAAUUUAUCCACGAGCUCAACAUACUGCGCAGCAGCUUGACGGUCAGAAAACAGGAUUACCCAACCGCCCUGUGGACCUUGCAGGAACUUCACGGUCUGGCCCUUAGCGAACUUCUCCUGGUUCGCAAUUUCGGGGCCGUGGAAGCAAUAAAUAGUUUGUGCAGCUUUGCUUCCGCACAGCCGCAAGACAGACGAGAAGCGGAACAGGUGAAAAACUUCGCCAACCAAUUAAUGGAUCGCUUCGCGUCGCAUUUUAAGCAGCCAUUUAGCACUCCCGAUUUCUGGUCCGAGUACUGCUUGCGAUCCAGAAUCUAUCGAAGCCACACCGUGAACAUUAAGCCUAAUUGAUAUGGAAAUUGGAAUCAACCAAACAUUUCAAUGUUAUGAAAGUUUACUCAGCUUUCUUAAAAAUUAAAACAAACAAGAAAAAUA